AGAGACGGUCGGAGCUGCGGCGCGUCGCAUUCAUUCAGCAGCGCUCGUGUUGAGUGAAUUACUCACAGGAGGAGAGUGGAAGUGAAUAUUCAGCAGUGGACUCAGAGCUCAGUGCGUAAUACGGAGACGCCGGGAACCCCCAGUCUACGAGGAAAGACAUGGAAGUUUGCAAAGGACGUUUUCUGGGCAUUUCGGUGGCCGUUGCGCAUGGGUUUUUCUCGGGAUCGCUGAAUAUUUUGUUAAAGUUCCUCAUUACGACCUACAGCUUUAGGUAUCUGACUUUAAUUCAGUGUCUGACCAGCAGCACUGCGGCUCUCACAUUAGAGGUGCUGAGGAGACUGGGCAAAAUAGAUAUACCUCCCUUCAGCCUCCAGUUAGUCAAAGUUUUUGCGAGUGUCUGUAUUUUGGCAACUUUGCAGUCCACAUUAACCCUCUGGUCUCUCAAGGGAUUGAGUUUGCCCAUGUAUGUCGUGUUUAAGCGAUGCUUGCCAUUGGUAACGUUAGGGAUUGGAGUGUGCGUGCUGAAGAACGGGAUCCCAUCAGCUGGGGUAAUAACAGCAGUUAUCAUCACCACUGGCGGGGCUGCACUGGCUGGUGCUGGAGAUCUAACAGGUGACCCUUUUGGCUACGUGACUGGCAUUUUAGCUGUGAUCGUCCACGCCUCCUACUUGGUGCUCAUCCAAAAAGUGAGUGCAGACAGUGAUUAUGGGCCGCUCACGGCCCAGUACACCAUUGCAGUGGUGGCCUCUCCCAUUCUCUUCAUCUGUUCCAUUGCAAGCAUGGACGCCAUUGACAUGUGGACAUAUGAAGGUUGGAAGAACCCGUAUAUCACAGGUAUCUUCUGUACCUGCAUCCUCAUUGGCUGUGCGAUGAACUUUACCACAUUGCACUGUACCUAUAUCAACUCGGCCGUCACCACCAGCUUUGUGGGGGUGGUCAAGAGUAUAGCUACUAUCACUGUGGGCAUGCUGGCCUUCAGUGACGUGAUGCCAACCAAACUGUUCGUGGCAGGCGUGGCAGUUAACACCAUCGGCUCCAUCACCUACUGUGUGGUGAAGUAUCAAGAAACCAAAAAGAAGUUAGCCUACCAGGAUAUGGAUGAGUCUGCUAAGGAUGAAGAACUUCCAGGAGAACCUUAUGUGGAACCCGCCAAGCCUGAUGGAGAUACGGAAACUCUUCCAAAUGAUCUGGAGAGCGUUCCCAAUGGCAGCCUGACGGCAUCAGUUGACGGCAAUGACCAGGGUGAUGGUCAUUGCCAUCGUGAGAAUAAAGUGGCAGAGUCCAUAGAAUUAGAAAGACCGGGGAUCCCAUCAGAUGAUCCUACGAGACAAUCUCUGAGCGACAGUUACGUAGGGGUCUGGAGAUCUAUUCGCACCUUAAAGUUCUUUAAGAAAGACACUUUACUUGACAACAUGGAGGUUCAAAGUCCUUGAUGAUUGGUUUUCUGCUUGACAGAAGUGCAUGUUAAGUUUAAGUAUUGUUGAACUGGUGUGAACAAUGUUUGCCUUUUUCUCUCCUGAACAUGAUUUUAUGAAAAACAUUUAUUUUUUAUAAAAAGGUAUAGUCUGUUUGUAUAUUAGAGGGAGUAUAACUAUAUGACAU